CCCGUGUUUCCUCCCUCUCUUUCCCGUGAGCAACCACCGACAAACAACCUUCUCUCACAGCCUCCCGCCCCCCAAGUAAAAAAUGAAAUUCUCUAUCGCGGUAGUUGCCUCCGUCCUCGUCGCCACGGGCCUGGCGAUGCCGAUUCCCUCCACGAGCAAGGCUCCCCGCAUGGACGGGGCGGAUCUGAUCGGCAUGAUUCAGAGCAUGGGGGGGCUGGACGGGGUGUUGAAGAGUAUCCAGAUUUCUUCGCCGUUGAACUCGGCAUUGGGGCAAUAAAUUGCUGGAUAUCAUUGAUCGGGUGUAUCGUUGGUGGGAUGUCUGAGGAAGAGGGGUACCGAGCAUGGGCAUGGAUGGGGAUGAGUCAAUGAA